AUGCAACUACCUCCACAGAAUCAACCGCCCAUGAACGGUAUGGCACCAAACAGCAUGCCUGGAACGCCAAUUGCGCAACAAGCUGCUCCGCCUCCGGGAGCUCCAGGCACGAUGGGCCCUCCUUCAGUUCCGCCAUCACGCCCGGUGGAUGCUUCCGAGCUCACAGACGUCCUAGCUUCAUCGGGUAUUGAUGUCAGGGAGGAAGAAGCUUUUCUCACAAACAGCUUCCCGGGGCGACAAGCGCAGGCGCAGACGCCCUCGCGAGGCCCCCAGAUGCAACACCCGCCUCCAAUCAACACAUCUUUCACUUCCCAAGCUACCACAACUGGAACACUCUCCGCGUCGAGCAGUUUCAACGAUCUGUCCCACGGCAAACCCGGAGCUACGCAAGGAUCAUUCUCCACGGAGCCCACAUCGCAAACUCCAUCCACGAUCAAGGAGCCCUCACGUGAAGACAGUGAAGCGGCAAGGCGCUCGCAAUAUCAUUUGCAGGAACCAUUUCUUUUCGCAAAACUGCUGGAGCAACGGAUUCAGAAGCGCGGCUUUGAGCUGGGUGUGCGCAUUCCCUCUGAGGGUCUCUUUCACCCGGUUCCCGGUCGGCCGCAGCCUAUCGAAGUGACUGGGCCCGACGGGUCAUCAGUAGUUCGCACGGGCCAGACAAUUCUGAACCAGGAGGGUGCUCCUUUGGUUGACAUACUGAACCUCAUGUCUCUCUCCUGCGAGGAGCGUUUGCGCGGGGUCAUCGACUACUCCUCCACUCUUGCUCGCAGUCGCCGAGCACACUCACACGGUGUUGUCCCCGCAGAAUGGCAAGAUGUCGCUCAGCCACUCAACCCUGUUAAUGGCAACGCCGUCACGCCUUCCAAGCGCCCUCGUACAGACAGUGAAACCCCUACCACUAAACCAACCGCAGACAGAUACCGGGGCCUUGUUGGAAAGGAAACGUCUUCCGAAAACCGACGAGCUGCAAAGCGCACAAAGCGAAGCACGAAUGCGAUUCUAGGAGAAGGCGCUGGUAUCCAAUCCACUCCGGCUGAUUUCACUGGAUCGGCGCCUUCCACACCGAUCGCUGAACGCGCACCCAGCUUUGACAAGAAGUCAAUGACAAAGAAAGAAGCCAGAAAGAUGAUGGACAACAAGGCCAGUGAAGCUCAGCAACAUCAACAGUCCGUCGAGACGGCUCGUCUAGCUACUAACAGCAUGCUUUCGGGUCGGAUGUUCGGCGCUAAAAAGUCCUAUUCAUGGCUGAAGCCCGGUGGUUCGUCGAGCGGUUUCUCCUCUCCAUCCCGUCCUGCACCACCCACACCGACUCCUGGGCCGGAGAAAUCAUCGACCAGCAAAUCGGGAGAAGCGGCGUCUGGUCCAUCUAAGCGUCGCCUGGGCACUUGGAGGGAGGACCAGGAGAAGGGAGCUGGGAUCCAAGUCCGCGAUAUUCUCUUCAUGCUGGAGGCAGAUGGGCGAGGCACUAAACAUGUGCAAAAGGGCUACUCAAAGGACCCAAAGGAGGACCGCGCACCCUGA